GUGGUUCGGGAUCAGAUCUCCCACUGCACCGUGAAGCUGCGCCAGACCACCGGACUCAUGGAGUACUGUCUGGAGGUCAUUAAGGAGAAUGACCCCAGUGGUUUCCUACAGAUCUCGGACGCUUUAAUCCGGAGGGUCCACAUGACAGAGAGUCAGUGGGGGAAGGGAACCCUCACCCCGAGGAUGACCAGCGACUUUGACCUGACCCUGGACAGCGGACCCCUGCAGCAGACCAUCCACCAGCUGGACUUUGUGCAGAUGAAAGUCCCAGCUGCUCCCAUGCUCCAGCUGGAGGAAUGCUGCACGCAGAACAACAGCGCCACGUUGUCAUGGAAACAGCCGCCGCUCUCCACCAUCGUUGUUGAGGGAUACAUCUUAGAGCUGGAUGACGGAAACGGGGGUCCGUUCAGGGAAGUGUACGUGGGACCGGAGACCAUCUGCACAGUAGAUGGACUCCACUUCAACAGCACUUAUAAGUCCAGAGUGAAAGCCUUUAAUGCCAGUGGAGUGGGCCAGUACAGCAAGACCCUGAUCAUGCAGACCUCUGAGGCUGGAGUCCCUCCAUGUGACAUUCAGUCUAUAGGCUCAGUGGCCUGGUUCACCUUCGACCCAGUGUCCGCUCACCCCGACAUCGUCUUCUCCAACGACAACCUGACGGUGUCGUGCAGCAGCUACGACGACCGGGUGGUGAUGGGAAACACCGCCUUUUCCCGCGGCGUCCAUUACUGGGAGAUGACAGUAGAUCGCUACGACAACCACCCCGACCCGGCCUUCGGCGUCGCACGUGUCGACGUCCUGAAGGAUGUGAUGCUGGGGAAGGACGACAAGGCCUGGGCCAUGUACGUGGACAAUAACCGCUCCUGGUUCAUGCACAACAACUCACACACCAACAGGUCUGAYGGUGGCAUCACUAAAGGAUCUACAAUAGGGGUGUUGCUGGACUUCACACGAGGUCUCCUCAUCUUCCUCAUCAAUGAUGAGCAGCAGGGUCCGGUUGCCUUUGAAGGCCUGGAAGGCACAUAUUACCCCGCAAUCAGCCUCAACCGAAAUGUUCAGGUCACACUUCACACUGGUCUACCCAUUCCGGAUUUUUACACCCCGGGGGAGGCAGAUCCGACCAGUUCCGUGUGCUAAAGACUCUCCUCUGCGUUUUUGAGGAAAACCUCUCCAGGAUCUCCCACCCUCCUGCCCCUCAGAACCAGUGAGCCCACCACAUUCUCUGGACAGCCAACCGUUCAGUCCUGAGCCAUAUUUCUUUCAUGCAUAAACUUUGGACAUUUGACCACGAGCAGGACAAUGUCCACACAGAUGGUGCUUUGCCACCUUUAAAAUGUAUUUUCAUGUCAAGCUGAUGGAUUUCAAAUGCUACUGUAUCAAAUCUAUGAGAGACAUAGGAAACUAAAGAAAUAUUUUGAGAUUUUAAAAAAUAUGUUCAUCUGCAUUUGAGUCCAGCAUUGCAGAAAACAAGAAUGGAACGCCAUUGUCUUUAUUCAAGUUACAGUCAUUUAUUAGUUUUGUAGGCAGAAUGUAGUGAAGUUCUGCAGAUUCAUCAGGAGACUAUGAAUGUAAAGUUUGCCCAAAAUGUCAGAUUCUGUCUAAAAAAAAUUUUUUGUAAAGAGGUUUGUUAGAAACACUUUCUGACAGUGUCCUGURUAUUUUAUCCUUCAUGCUUAUUCCUCCUUUUUGCCAGAGUCUGACCACGACCCAUUCAAACCCCUGAGCGGAGAAUGAAUCAACUUUUGUGACAGUAUGUGUGAAAGUGUGUGGGAUGAGUUGAGACUGCUCACCAUCUACAGAACCAGAGCUACAGUCUGACUCUCAGCUAUGUUAUUGCUAUCUCUUUGUGCAUUCAGAAAGCUUUUUUUAGUAGCUUAGCUCAAGUGAAACUUCUACUGUUUUUUUAAAAGGACAGCACUGAGGUCUACAUUACUGCUGGAGGUCAUUGGAUUAUYCAGCCUUUAUUUGCUGUGCAGCUCUUAUAACUGGAGCUUGGGAGGUAUUGUGGUUGUAUGUUUAUGUAGAAGUCAGAUAAAAGUGGGUUAAAGACUGUAAAGAUGUUUUUUUAAAGGUGCUAAAGCAGCUUGCGUAGUUUUGGCUUUUUAUUUUGUUGUUUGAAUACUAGUAGUUUUGUAAUAUUAUUAAAAUAUUCUAUUACGAAGAGGUGUAUUGUUAAAUAAGUUAUUGAUGUUAAAGAGUUUUUCAGUGAGGAUUUAUCAUUUUACUAGUGUAUAGCUAUAACAGACGAUUAAAAAAAAUUCUGUUUUAUA